AUGGCAAUUAGGUAUUUAGCAGUGUUUCUCGUUGCUCUCACGGUGGCUCAAUCCGUCACAGCCACAAGACCGGCCCCGACCAAGAAUGUUGGAGCUGGUCUUGACGACCAAAAGAAUUUUGUUGCGUUUGCUGGAGUCGGUGGAGCUGCUGGAGCAGGCCUUGGUGGUGUAGGCGGUGGAGUUGGUGGCGUCGCCGGAGUUUUGCCUGUAGGUGGAGUAGGAGGCGGGCUUGGUGGUCUAGGCGGUGGUGUAGGUGGUCUAGGCGGUGGUUCAGGUCUUGGUGGUGGAAUUGGUGGACUCGGCGGUGUAGGUGGCAUAGGCGGAGUUGGUGGUUUGGGAGGAAUUGGCGGUGGAAGCGAUUGCGGUGGCGUUCUUCCUCACCCAUGAUGAGUAAACGUUUAUUUUCCUUGAGAGGUUUAUAUUCGCUAAGUUUUAUCAUGUUGUAAGUUGUUUUUUUCCGAUGUUAUGUUUGAGUCUUUGUUUUUUUCAUGCUGUCUGUUAUUAAUUACUUGUGAGAAACCUUGUGCUAUCAAUAGAAACCUUGUGCUAUCAAUAAAUAAUAGAGUAUUUUUUCGUGUGGCA